AUGACUAAAAACAAACUAUACCACAAUGCUGCUGUAAGAAGCGCAUUUUUCUCUGAAGUUGCCAUUGGAAUCUUGGCCAACACCAUCCUUCUUCUCUUCCACAUCUUCAUCUUCCUUCAUGAGCACAGGCCAAAUCCCACUGACUUGCCCGUUGGUCUCUUGGCCCUCACCCACCUGGCGAUGCUGAUAAUCAUGGGGUUCAUAGGUACCGACAUUUUUAUGUCUUGGGAACGGUUUUGGGAUACCAUCACAUGUAAAUGGCUUGUCUACCUACACAGGUUGGUCAGGGGCCUGACUGUUUGUAUCACCUGCCUGCUGAGUGUCCUUCAGGCCGUCACCCUCAGCCCCAGAAGCUCCUGUUUGGCAAAGCUCAAGCGCACGUCCCCACGUCACUAUCUGUGCUCCCUUCUUGUGCUGUGGGUCUUGUACAUGUCUGUGAGCAGUCACAUCUUCAUGUCUGUCAUCGCCACCCCCAAUCUGACCUCAGACAGUCUCAUCUAUGUCACCGAGUCCUGCUCUGUGUUGCCCAUCUCUUACACUCUCAGGCAAGUGUUUUCCACAUUUCUGACUGUUCGGGAAUUCUUCCUCAUGGGCCUCACAUUCGUCUCUAAUGGAUACAUGGUCACGGUCUUGUGUAUACACAAGAGGGAGACCCAGCAUCUUCACAGCUCCAGCCUUGCUCUGAAAACAUCUCCAGAGCAAAGAGCCACCCGGACCAUUCUGCUGCUCACCAGUUUCUUUAUGGUGAUGUCCAUUUUAGACUAUGGUAUCUCUGCCUCAAGAAUUAUGUGGAACAAUGACCCAGCUCUGUAUUGUGUUAUUAUUCUUAUAUCCCAUAGCUAUGCUGCAGUCAGCGCACUGGUGUUCAUCAGUACUGACAAGCGUGUGAUUAUCUUUGUGAGAACCAUGUGGGGAAGGACAGUAACUGUUUACUCAGGAAAGGAUAUAUUCUCAACUAGUGGAAUGAACUGGCUGUAG